AUGGCUAUAGCCAACGCAACUUCUGCUACAACAUUAAUUUUUACAGCAUAUGUAAAUCUGAGUAAUUUCAGGCACUUCUGUUUUAUAAUUGCCUUCUUGAUGUACCUGAUUACUGUCUUUUUCAGUGUUAGUCUUAUGCUUUUAGUAUACUUGGAAAACAGCCUACACAAGCCUAUGUACAUAUUUUUAUUCAAUCUGAUUUUAAAUGGACUUUUGGGAUGUAAUUCAUUUUAUCCUAAAUUUCUAAGUUCUCUUUUUUCAGAUAUUCCUGAAACUACACAUAUAACCUGUCUCAUGCAGGCCUUUUGUAUAGGUGUAUAUGGGGGCUGUACCUACGCAACUCUUUCUUUAAUGGCAUAUGACAGAUACAUAUCAAUUUGUAAUCCACUGCGAUACCAUGAUAUUAUUACUCCCUUGAAAAUAAAAUUGCUUCUGAUUUUUGGAAACUUAUUUCCCAUUUUAUGUAUGCUUAUACAUAUUUUACUGACUGCACGGCUUCCAAUUUGUGGCAACACAAUUCAUAAAAUAUUUUGUGACAACUGGGCCAUCGUUAAGCUUUCAUGUGUGGAAACUGGUGUUAACAAUGUGUUUGGCUUAUUUUUAACAACUAUAUUGGUGGUGUUUCCUUUUGUUCUUGUUAUCUAUUCUUAUAUGAAAAUACUCCUCAUCAGCCUAAAAGCAUCAAAAGAAGCACAAUACAAAGCACUGAGCACAUGUGCGCCUCAUUUGAUUACUUUCAUUAAUUUCUCUAUAGCAUCAAUUUUUUCAAUAAUUUACAACCGCUUUGAAAUGAAACUAGAAUUCAGUACACACAUAUUAAUGUCUAUGCAGUUUAUUAUAAUACCUCCACUGCUUCACCCAAUUAUCUACGGAAUUAGAACUAAAGAAAUCAGGAAAUGUAUUAUAAAAGCAAUUAGCAGGAGAAAAGUUACCUCCAGAAGACUUUUAUUUAGCAUUUCAAAACAUUUUCCCACUGAUUGA